AUGGUUUCCAGUCGUCGCGUUUCGUUUUCUUCCAGCAGCAAAAAAUCGUCUCCUCAUCAAAUGUCGAUCGUCAGCGAAAAGGAAUCAAAGAACAAAAUACCCUCUGCCUCUAAUAGAGUUGUUACGCUAUCAAAGUCUGCAUCAACUUCUCCCGCGUCCCUUUCAUCCAGAUUUUCACAGCUGAAAUCUAAACCCAAUCAUACACCGAUGGCAACAGGCAUCAAAAAGGCUACGCUCAGCCAAAAAGGAAAGUCCUCAAACAGGGGCCCAAAGCGCAAUAACAAAUGGAAGAAAAAGCCUGCCGCCCCCACUGCUGCUUCGCUAGAUGCCGCGAUUGAUACAUUUAUGAUGAAGGAUCCAGGUAUUGCAAAAGAAAGGCUUGAUGCCGAUAUUGAUGCAUAUAUGAGUAUGGAGGUUGAGACAUUAGGAAACCCAGGAGCUCAGCUCCAGCCGAGCAGCAUCGAAUAA